ACCAUAUCCCUAUAAAUAACAUUGUAAAUCACUUGCUUCUUGCACCUUUAUCUCACUAGUAUCUUCUGAUCAGUCUCCAUCAUGGACUGGUUUAAGAAAAAGAGCCAAUUUUUCACUUUUUGUCUCAUCAUUUUCCUUGUACUCCCCACUUUAAUUGUAGCAGAAUGCACAUGUGACACAGAAGAUGAAGAAAGGGACAAAACUAAAGCUCUCAGGUACAAGAUAGCAGCUCUAGUGUCAAUCCUAGUAGCCAGUGCAAUUGGAGUUUGCAUUCCACUCCUUGGAAAAGUGAUACCUUCUCUAAGCCCUGAGAAGGAUAUCUUCUUUAUCAUUAAGGCUUUCGCGGCCGGUGUGAUAUUGUCUACCGGCUUCAUUCACGUGCUUCCUGAUGUUUUUGAGAAUCUCACCUCGCCCUGUUUGAAUGAGCAUCCAUGGGGCGAUUUUCCGUUUACCGGAUUCGCGGCUAUGUGCACCGCUAUGGGAACACUCAUGAUUGAGACUUAUGCUACUGCUUAUUUUCGGAAACAACAAGUCAAGAGAGGCCAAGCUGAGGCUAAUGAUGAUAUGGAAAACGGAUCAGGACAUGAAGGGCAAGUGCACCCUCACACUCACACAGCACAUGGUCAUGCUUCCACUGAUCAGUCUUCAGAACUUCUUCGUAAUAGGGUCAUAUCGCAGGUGUUGGAAUUGGGGAUUAUUGUUCAUUCUGUUAUCAUAGGAAUUUCUUUGGGAGCCUCGGAGAGUCCCAAAACAAUAAGGCCCCUGGUAGCUGCAUUGUCUUUUCAUCAAUUCUUUGAGGGUAUGGGACUUGGAAGUUGUAUAAGUCAGGCAAAAUUCAAAAGGCUAUCUGUUAUAACAAUGGGAUUGUUCUUCGCUUUAACUACUCCAGUUGGGAUUGGAAUUGGCCUAGGGAUCACUAAUGUUUAUGAUGAAAACAGUCCAACUGCUCUUAUUGUUGAAGGAAUCUUUAAUGCAGCUUCAGCUGGGAUCUUAAUCUAUAUGGCACUUGUUGAUUUUCUUGCUGUUGAUUUCAUGAGUCCAAGGAUGCAAAAUAAUGGUAGGCUUCGAUUAGGAUCCAAUCUAUCUCUUCUGCUAGGAGCUGGUUGCAUGUCUCUUGUGGCCAAAUGGGCUUAGAGCCAAAAGUUUGUGUUAUUUUUCUUGUCAAAUUGUUUUAAUUUGUUUCCAAUUUUGUGUUGUGCGUACUUCAUGUGAUUAUUUUGAAGUACAAUGAUGUGCUUCAUGGAUGACUGCGGUUGGUAAGAUUUUCGGUUGUCAAUGUUUUUCGACUUCAAAUGGAGUCCUUCUCGAUCGUGCAUGUGCAGGGGUUUUGGUUUGGUUUUAAAGCAUCUUGUGGGGUUUCUUUAGAGGUCUUUCAGAGGGUUUUGACUAUAUUAACGGCUGAGCUUCUUCCAACUUUUUGUUGGCUUGGUUACUGUACUCGUGUUGAGAGGGGUUGCUUCUCAACUUUAUAUAAUAAUAUAUCUUUCGUUUUCGAAAAAAAAUAUAUAGUUAGAAGGAAAAAACACAUUUAACCCUUUAUAAAUUUAUUUCCAUGUAAUGU